UUUCAUUAUAAAAAUAAACUUUGGCUGUAACCGCUCAGAACGCCCACGCUCUGUUUGUUUUUACGCACGUCUAUUUUAGUGCCACAUUAAGCACAUCAGCUCUAGGGACAGCUGUAGGCCUGCGCUGAGAAACCCGAGCCUCCAGUCUUGAAAGACCCAAUCCCGGAAUUCCCACAGACCCCUGAGUACUUCAGCAGACCACCGAACAAACAGUGGAAAAGCAGGAAAGGACAGACCAAGGAACACGGGGAUGUUAUCUUUAUCAUGGUUACAUUUUGCGUAAACGGAGAUUCGUUGUUAACGCCACUUUUUGUGACAUUCGUUGUUACAUCCGCGCAAUACGAAAACUACAGUUUUAGGAAUUUCCCCAAGGAGGAGCUGAUGCCCCUCACUGCAGCCUAUGGGAUGGCGCUGGGGAGUUACGCAGCUGGAAACUGGACGGAAGCGAUCCAGUACUUGGAGCUGAGUCUGCGUUUGCACCGGCUUCUGAAAGACAGUGUGCGAUACUGCUCGCUCCUCUGUAAGAGCAGUAAACAGGACGAGCCGAACUUUACUGCAGCCCCGGAUCUCCGUGUGUACUGGUACGUCAUGAUGUCAGCAUCCUGUCAGAAGAAGUGCAGAGCGCAUUUCCCCGUGCUGCAGCUGCCGCCCCCCAGCAGAAAGAUCCUGGAAGAUUUCACCAGAAGAUCUCCCUACAGAUAUCUGCACUUUGCGCACUCCAAGCUGAACAACCUGCAGAGAGCUGUCCCAUGUGCCUAUACCUUCCUCCAGAGAAAUCCCAAGGACCAGGAAAUGCGCCUAUUGAUGGAGGAGUAUAAGAAUGAGUAUGACCUGGACGGCUUCCUCAUCAACCACGAAGAGCAGCCCUAUGAGGUCUCUUUUGUCAAAGGCGUGAAACUGGCCAGCUCUGGAGACUACAGCAGCAGUGUUGAACAUCUGGAGGAAGCUCUGAGGCUCUACCUGCAGGAGUUUGACCUCUGUCAGGUCGACUGUGAGGGGAUCAGUCAGUUUUCACCAGACAGGGAUUUCUACACAGUCAUGGCAGAAGUCUAUGUUGAUAUAUUAACGUGCAAGCUGAAGUGUGAAGAAAACUUGGCACCCAAUGUUGGUGGUUACUUUGUGGAGAAAUUUCUGGCCACAAUUUAUCACUACCUCCAGUACGCCUAUUACAAAUUAAACGAUGGCCAGAGGGCCGUGCCGUGUGCAUACAGCUACUUCCUGUUUGAGCCUGAAGACCAGAUCAUGAAACAGAACCUGCUUUAUUAUGAAGCCUACAGUCAGCAGUGGGGCCUUCAGUCUGAUCAUUUUACACCCAGAGUGGAGGCUUUCAAACACUACAACCAGACUGUCACUCAAAAGCAGAUGCUGACAUUCGCAGAAUUGUACAUGAAUUUGGAUGACGAGGAUUUUCUUGGACCAGAGGAAGCUGCACUUCUGUCCUCUCAGUCUCCUGACGCUGAGUUCGAAGGUCUGGGAGACUACGAGGAGUCCAUCUACGCCAACUGGAGGCAGCCGAAAGGAAAAGGGGACGUCGGUGAGCCAGAAAUCUGAAGUAGUCUAACAGUGAUGAGCAGUUUGUUGAGUCUUUACUUCCUCUCUAUCCCAUUGGUAUACACAAACUCUGUUU